GGGCGAGUGAAUGAAGACAUAGAAGAACUCGCCAUAGCAGUGAUAUCAAAACUGCUAAGCUCUCCAUCCACUCCGUCGAAUCGAAUCGUCGCCAAUUGCACUCUUCUCGCUUGCGUCAUGAUCGGGGUUCGGUUUGACAGGAAGGAUAUAGUUCGGAUUGAUAAAAGUUCUGCUCUGCCUCAACUCGCGCAGUCCCUUUUGACGCAGUUCCAAAAGGUUCUCUGGGCAUGGGAUGGAGGCGAUGUCGACAAAGACACCACUGGAAUAAUACGCCGGGCAUGGAACCUCCUUGACGUUAUUUGUCGCAUUAUCGAGCCUGCUCGACGUCACUAUAAUCCUUCACCCCACACGAUGCGAAACCUGGACAUGUGCAGGAAGAUUUAUGAGCGAGCGAGGUCAUCUGAACAUCCCUCCCAGGGGAAUUUAUCUCGGGACCCUAUCCAGGUGUGGAAUACGCCGCCUUGGUGGAUAGGCCUUGUCCACUCGCCAGAAGACUUCGACUGGCUGGUGGACUACCUCGACUAUAUUCAUUCCGACGACCACGAGACCGCAUAUGACAUCCUUUUGCUACUGAGUGGUUUGGGAGCUCGCUGCAGCCCUGCUAAACAACAUAUGUUCAUCAAGAGCCUCAUCGCAUGCAUGGACAGUGACAUGCCUUACAAUUUACGUCAUGCUGCUCUUCGCGCUGUUCACAUUGUCCGACAAGAAAUAACAUCGAUCGAUGGCAUCGAUGAUGUGAGCCUACGGGACAUGGUUUUGACAGAGCUCUCCCCCGCUAUUCUGACUGUGGUUUGUCCGCGACCAGGUACAACACCUGCCGAUGAUGGCCCUGACCGCUUUUUGGAUUCUAGCCGCGGCUCGUGCUAUCUCGAGCUGGUUUUUUCCCUCGCGAGCAAUUCCGACUGGUACUCCCAUUUGUCUGGGGAUCACCAUAUAGAUUGGUGCAUUAGCAUGGUUGCAAAGUACCACCAAAUCUUGCCGCAUGCGUUUUAUCUAGCUGGCAUCCUCCUCCGAAUCGCGCCUGAACAAUUGUCGGCCACAUCACUCGAUUCUAUUACAGAGCAGCAGUGGUGGGACAUGAUGAAGAGUGCAUGGGCCGGUGUCCCCUAUGAAAUUGACUUGCACUGUUUCGAGUUCCUACCAGUCCUUGUGGAAGCCACGAAAAAGUACAUGCAGAUUGCCUCGAAAUUUGAUCUCGAGCUGCUCAUUAGACAUGUGGGCUCUGUUCUCGAAAGACUGGAGAGGCAAUAUUCGGAGCAGGGGGAGCAUGGAGAGCAUGGAGAGGGGGCCGCCGUCGCUAUGAAAGAGUUGAAGACUGUGGCCAGCGACAUGCUUGAGAGGAUGGUCAAAAGUGAUGAAGCUGUUAGUCCCUGAUUAUCACGGUGCCUGCAUGUUGUGCUAGGAUCCCGGGACCGGAGGAAG